UUAGUCUAGAUCUGUUUUCACAAUGGAGACACCACGUAGUGUAUGCGGUUAUAUGUUCGCCCUCCUCUUCCUAAUGCCUGCGCUAUCACUAGGCGCUUCUACCAAGCCCGUUCCAGAGCAGGUGAAAUACGUCGGCAUCUCCUACGAUAUCAUCAAGGGAAACCCCGAGGGUAACCAAAAGACUGGAGGGGUCGACCCCGGGCUCUUGACGACUCGGCGUGUCUUGAAACUCACCUACGACAACGGGAAAGUGACGGCCGACAACGAGUACCGAGUGCCCGACGAAGUGGAUUUCGUGCGACGUAGUAGCUCUUACACGUCGCAAGAGAAGGAUACGUUUUACGGAACGAAAAGCUACGCCAAGAAGCUCUCCCAUCAGGUGAAUGUCGAUGUUGACGUUUCAGCUGUCUUCGCUAGCUUCCAGUUUGCUGCCAGCCAUCAAUACCAGUCCAUCAAGAACGAUGAAAAUACCAAGGGUUACGUGUACUUCUCAGAGCAAACGAUCCAGAACUAUGGCAGUAUUCGAUACCUGGAGGCCCUCGCCAACACUGACGGGUUCGAGCCCAGUCGAGAGUUUCGUGUCGCCGUCUGUGGUCUGCCCACUACCUAUGACAAAGCGGCCUACAUGACAUUCCUCUCUGACUGGGGAACGCACGUCGUGACGGAGGCUCAAUUGGGGUCUCGUUCGGGCACAACCUAUCGUGAGGACACGUCAUCUUUCAUCAAAGAUUCCACGAGAGAUAUGUCCAACAGCGUAAGUGUUGGAGGUAGCUACAAAAUCGUCUCUGCAUCGUUAUCAGUGGAUAUGGACAGGUUCACCAAGACUGCAGCAUCGCAGGAAAAGUUCGGCAAAGUGUACAAAGAGUACACAGUGGGCAGCCUGGAGUAUAAUGAACCCAUCAGCAUAGAUCUCAUAGGGCUCAAUGAAGUGUUGGAUUCCAAGUUCUGGACCAGACAGACGGACUAUGAAACCAGCGGAGAUUGCCCAGCCAAUUGGCAAAGAGGAACUAUCCAAGCAAACAUCUUGACAGCUUUCAAUGAUUAUCCAUCAUACAAUGAUGUCACUCCUAGUGAAGUUUUUGUUUAUAAGAGGAAAGAAUAA